AAAAACAACUUAAAGUCCAAGAUGAACAAACAAAAUAACUGAUCCAGGAGGAAACAGAUGAUGCAAGGAAUAAUACAAAAGCACUUUUUAAAAUGCUAAUUGAUAGUCUCAGGGACAUCCAAGAGGAUAUUGCAGCAAUAAAAACCAGAACAGAGUCAGUGGGCUGGGCUCCCACUGAGGUGCAGGGGCCGGGGCUGCGUCGCGGGGCAGUCACCUAUGGGACUUUCCAAAAGCAAACACAAACUCCGGAAAGGUGAGGACCCAACGUCGGGGCGCACCUGUUCAAUCCCAGAGGCUACGGAAAGGCCGGUGGACAGGCCUUCACAAGAGUCUGAGGAGCCUCUAGACACCGAGCCUGCAGAGAGCUUCCAUGAGAAGAAAGGGGCAGCUAAGUGGCAGUGGCCUUCAUCUGAAGUGGAAGAGAAACCUGAUGUAACUUCAGAAAAGAAGAAGUUGGCCAUCCCCCAGAUCGUCAUCACCACAGCCUCAAAAGAGACUCUGAUCAGCUCUGGCUCCACAGGAAUGGAGGAGCGGAGGUCCAUUCGGGAAAGGGCUGAACCGGGCCCGUUCUACCGACACAGGAACCCCAGUACAGUAGACGCCUAUAAUUCACAGACCACAGAGUAAACAGGCACCCCAGUAGCUGCAGUCACUCCCUGUGCUCUGAGUCUCAGGGGUGAUGGCAAAGGGCUGCCCUAUCCUGUGGAAAGCUGCAGGUGCCCCUUCAGUAAAC